AUGGCAGAGAGAGUCCUAACAAAGAAUUUUAUUUUGGGUAAAACUCGUCUUGAUAACGUUGCGAACGUCAAGAAUUUAAAUUUUUGGGGUCAGGAAUUGCAAGAUGUUUCCGUGAUUGAGGAAAUGCCCAACGUCGAGGUUGUUUCGUUGAGCGUCAACAACAUCAACACCUUGAAACCUUUUGAGCACUGCUACAAAUUAAGAGAACUGUAUUUGAGGAAGAACAAAAUUGCACAUUUAUCAGAAAUUCAUUUUCUGAAAGACUUGAAAGCUUUGAGAGUACUUUGGUUGGCGGGUAAUCCAUGUGCUGAUUGUGAAAAUUAUCGUCUUAAGGUUAUUGCUUAUUUAGACGGAUUGACAAAGCUUGAUGAUGAUGACAUUUCUCCUGAGGAACGCGAAUUGUCAAAGCAAUUCCAAGGCAUGGACUUUGCCACGGACGCGCCUAGAAGAUCUCCCUCACCUAAAGUUAAAUCAAAAUCGCCUCCAAAGAUUGCCAAAAACGAGGAAGAAGAGCAAGCCAUGGUUACCAAACCUCGUCACAAACUAGCCAGAACGCCCCCAAAAAAAGAUGUACCAAAGCUCAACGACCCUAUCGCAGUAACUGAGAGUGCCAACGUUGUCAGCAACAGGAGAUUACACAAUGACAAUACUCCAGUUGGAGGUGGAAAUGUCUCGAGAAAUGAAUCACCAAUUGCACAAAGAGAAAGUCCUGUCUCUAAUGCAGUUCUUGUGCAACAACCUUCGAAAUCUGUUCCUUCUCCUCAGCCUUCUCCCGUUGAGAGUGAUUUUGUUGUCCAUGCAAAGCAAGAAGUUCAGAAAAAUCAACAGCAAGAAGAAUAUGAAGAAGAAGAGCCUUCGGUGGUUGUAAAAAGAGACGCAACCAGACAACCACACGACCCUUAUGUACGAAUGCAACGUGAAGGGCACGGUAACAAUUCACCUCCUCCACAACAGGAAUCGAACAAAAGACAUGCCCCUCAACAGCAACAUAUAAGUGUUCAACAAUCGUAUCAAGGUUUACCUCAGCACUAUCAACAACAACAGCAGCAUUAUAUGGAACAGCCCCAACUUCAUCAAGCUCAUCGACAACAUUCAGGAAGAGACAUGGGUGGAUAUAAUCAAAAUUAUCAACACCAAAACCUUGACUAUGGCACUCAUCAACGAGUGUAUGAAGAUAAUCCAAAUACUUAUUUGGACAAUGCAAUGGGUCACAAUAAUUAUUCUCACCCAAUGAACUCGAGAGUCAGCACAGCUCAACAAGGACAACGCUCUAGAUGGGAAGUGUCUCAAGUCUCGAAUAUUCCUUACUUUCCUUCUUCUGGAGCAGACAACUAUCCUCCACAACAGCCAUCGCGGGUAUCUCGAUACAAUCAGCAGCAGGGUUAUCAAAAAUCGCAACCUCUUCAACUUCCACAGGUAAAUAGGAACACGUUGCUUAAUGUCGUUCUUGAUUUAGUGAAUGAGUUAGACCCAGAAAGAUUGAUUGUAGUGAGGCAAGAAAUUGACAAAAUUCUAAUGAAUCAAUAA